CACACGCCUCGUCGGGUGCAUAAGUAGGCCUGAGACACUGGGGAUGUGCUGCGGAGAUGUAAGGGAUGCGGUAAUACCUCACUACAUAAUAGAGGGGGGGUGAAAGGCGAGGCGUGCGUCCGGACGCUCAGCGCCAACUAAACGCGAGAGGGACUCAGGCGUCAAUAACAUCUCGCUCAUCAAUAAGACAUUUUGAUGGACUUGGACUGCUUAAUUAAAUAGGUUGCUUUGAAGGAAUUGGGCUCUCUGAAUUUACAAUAUUUAAUCUUAUGACCCCAAUGGAGAACAUCUGAAGGAAGACUCCUCAGCAUCUCCAUCCACAGGACAGCGGCUCGGUCAGACAGACAAUAAGACUUUGAGAUUUCUUAGCUUUCGGUGAUGGCGAUCAACACUGAUGCUGCCUUCGGGAAAAGCGCCCUCGGCGAGAGGGAAGUUUCUAACCCCACCGACUUCCACGACACGGAGAAGCUGCUGAGCACCGCGUCCACCGAGCCCAACGGGCAGAGCAACAUCAAGCCGUCCGACUCCUACUCCCUCAACAUGAGAGGGAGCAUCCGGUCCCUGGACGCGGACCAGAACGGACACAGAUCACCGCUAAAGUCGGGCUCCGUCGGGCAGCUGGCGACCCCACCCAGAUCCUCGUCCCGGCUCAGCCUGGGCCCGCUGCCCUCCCCGGUGCCACCCGGGUCCGCACCCCCGAGUUACCUCUGGCUCGCGGUGCUGUCCUGCUUCUGCCCCGCCGUGCCGCUCAACAUUUGUGCCUUGUGGUAUGCACAUGUGUCGAGGUCUGUUCUCCAUACAGGAGAUAUUGAAGGAGCGAGGAAGUACGGGCGUCUGUCUAUGCUGCUCAGCGGUCUGGCAAUGCUGCUGGGUGUGGCUGUCAUCAUCUUCAUAGUGUUGACAAUAGAGAUCCAGCAGUGAUCUGCGGGAUGGAAGAAGUGGCAACUACAGUCUCCUUUAACUUCAUCUGAUCAUACAUUUGCACAGGAGAGAAGGGAUGAGGAAGGAAUGUCCUGUUUGAAGAGGAAAAAGCACAAAAUCUGAGUUUAAAAAAAAAAAAAAAAAACUAGAGCAGACUCUAUUGCUUUUUCUGCUAUGGAUGAAAAAGAAAGAAAAAGGAAAGAGGGCAUUUCUUCACACUCAUGCCCAAUAAACCCCACAAACUCAGGAACAAAGGAAGGAAAAUGAAGGCUGCACAGAGUUUUUGUGUCUUAUCAUCAGACGGCACAGUCUGUGGAGCAAAGUGUAACUACUCAUAGUCCAAACUAGUGUUGCACUGAAGUCCUACCUGCCUGACACACAGACAAUUGGAUGACAUGACUCAAACAGAAAUGGCAUCAUCAUCAUCAAAAAACAAACACAUGUAAUAAGAUUUGUAUGUAUAUGAAGAGUAAAACUCGCCUUCUUGUGGUCAGAAAUGAACAAAAGGCAUCAGUGCACCUCUAGUCUCUGUAAUGCCGCCACUGCCUGCCUUGUUUCUCUUAAUAUUUGCAAAGUACGGACCUACUUCUCCUUCUGUUCUUUCAGAACGGGACUUAAGUGGCUGUGGGAAGAUGUGUAAGUUGAUUUCAUACACUGUUUACAUCCAAAACUCAUGUACCUUUAUCACAACAACGCCCUGCUGCAGUCAUAGUGUGAUAUUUUGCUUUGUGUGCUACUAACUUUACACAUUUCUGUCCAGAUUGAGAAUGAACUUGCCUGGAUCUCUAAACCUCGUUAUGUUUACAUAUACUGCAAGAUAUGAAUGGGGUUUGUUCUCCCUGUAUGCACUGUUACUGGCACUCUGAUGUUGAUGUUUAUACAUUUAUACUGUAUGACUGGUUUACUGUGCCAUAGUUUUUUGCAUGUCUGAAAUAAACUUGA